AUGACUCAUGUUAGUAGGGUAUCACUUUUGGUGUUAUUAUUCUUCAUCGCUUACAUUCAAAAUGGAUAUUGCUGUUGCAAAGCGAAGUUUCGUGUAUCGGGUAUACGUGUGGAAGGUAAACUUGGAUGUUAUGGUUGUGGGCGAUGUAACAUCUUCUGUUGUGAUUGUAUUGGUGGAUGUUGUCCAAAUCAAAGAUAUCGCAGAGAUUUGGCAGAUUAUUUCACAAAUAAAGUAGAUACAAUUGAAGAUUCGCUACAAUAUUUUCAAUCGGUUGAUGCAAAUCAAGAUCGAGUUAUUAGUCCUUUUGAAUUUAUUGAAUACGUCAUAAGUCAUAAUAUGACUCAAAAUAAUCAUGACAAGAAUGAACUUACUUCUUAUUUCAAUCAAAUGGAUAAGAAUGGUGAUGGAUAUAUUCAACCAGUGGAAUUCGAACAUAAAUUAGCAGAUAUUUAA